GUGCGGCAAGGAGCCGGCGGGCGAGCGGGCGUCCCUGCAGCCAGCGAGCGGGAGGAGGAGCCGCGCCGCGCCCGGGGCAGCGGAGGAGCCGAAGAGGGCGCCCCAGGUGGCUGCCCCUUCCCUCUCCCGAGAUGUCAGGAAAGAGGGGACCACCUGUGUCCCCCACAGGGGCACCCCAGAGCCUGGGGGCCCCCAGCACUGGAGCCUGGAGGUGGAGGAGGUGCUGACAGGUGCUCAGCGAGAUGCUCCCCAGCCCCUCCUGCUCCCUCCCCGUCCUCCUCCUAUUCCUCCUCCCCAGUGUCCCAAUGGAGCCCCAUCCCCCACCCUUACCACUGCCCCCAUUUCUAGCCCCUGAGUGGGACCUCCUGUCCCCCCGAGUAGUCCUGUCUAGGGGUGCCCCCGCUGGGCCCCCUCUACUCUUCCUGCUGGAGGCCGGGGCCUUUGGGGAGCCAGCAGGCAGCCCCGCCAACCGCAGUCGGCGAGGGGUGAGCGAGACAGCACCAGCAAGUCGCCGGGGAGAGCUGGCUGUGUGUGAUGCGGUCAGCGGCUGGGUGACAGACCGACGGACAGCUGUGGACCUGCGUGGGCGUGAGGUGGAGGUGCUGGGCGAGGUUCCUGCAGCUGGAGGCAGCCCCCUCCGCCAGUACUUCUUUGAGACCCGCUGCAAGGCUGACAGCGCCACCGAGGAAAGUGGCCCUGGUGGGGGUGGGGGUGGGUGCCGGGGUGUGGACCGGAGGCACUGGGUGUCUGAGUGUAAGGCCAAGCAGUCCUACGUGCGGGCAUUGACCGCUGAUGCCCAGGGCCGUGUAGGCUGGCGAUGGAUUCGAAUUGACACUGCGUGCGUCUGUACACUCCUCAGCCGGACUGGUCGGGCCUGAGGCCCAUGCUCAGGAACUGGGCAGGCAGAGGAAGAAGAUAGCUGGAUGCUGAGGGACCUCAGGGGCGGCCUGGCUGCUCUGGGCCUCGGUUUGAGAACUUGUGAAAUGGUCACAAAAUCACAGCUUUCUGAGUUGGAGAGCUAAAUCGAUGCAAGACAGGUGGUGAAACCAAAUGGGGUUUUGAAGGAUGAAUAGGAGUUCUUCUGGAUGAACUUGAGGGUGAUGACGAUGAUAAUAUCCAAUAUUUUCUGAGUGUCUACUGUUUAUCAACACUAAUACACAAUUUUUCAGAUCAA